UGUACAUAGUCGAAGAGAAAACUCGGUGGGGAAACCAGUGGAAACGAGUCCUUUGUUAGUUGCAGCUAUAUUUUCUUUUUACGUAGGUAGUCGCGAGUGCGGACUGUUGGUUUUGCUGGCUAUUUACAUUACUAAAAAAACAAUGCGUUUGUUUUAGAAGCGGACAUAUUCGUGAUUCUUGAUUAUAAGCUAAAAGUGAUCUGGAUUUAAUAAAUUUACAAUGUGAAAUCGACACAUGACGUAGAAUGAACUCCAUCUUACUCCAGUCAAUUAAAAGUAUUUAACUAUCAGCGAGUUGUAAACAUGUCAUCAGUGGGACAGCUGGUCCCCCAAGUGACUCGGAGCCCCCCCAACAUGACGAUCAAGUUCCCCGGCCCCCACGUCGAGGGGUCAUUCUGCACAUCCAUCGAUUACAACUAUGACCCCAUCAUAAGCGUGCUCUGCGCUAUGUACAUUGCUUUCGGGAUUGUUUAUACAUUGUUCGGAUACCGAUGUUUCAAAGCGAGUAUGUUUCUGACGGGAUUCACGUUCGGAUCGGCCAUCGUUUAUCUAAUUUGCCUCCAGGAAUACCUGAUGCCUCCGUAUGGAAAUGUUGGCGUGGCGUUGUGUGCCGGCCUGCUGUUUGGCCUCAUCACCAUGCUGAUACAAUACGUCGGCCUCUUCAUGACGGGUUUCCAUACUGGGGUUCUGCUGGCUAUCGCUGGCCUCGCCAUCUACGAUCAUUUCCUGGACUCCCGACCCGCUACUUACUGGCUGUGUGUAGUCGUGUUGCUCUGUUCAGGCAUAUUCUUCGCCGUCAUCAAUUUGUAUUGGAAGAAAGUUCUGACAAUCUUCGGCACGAGUGUGUACGGGGGCGCUGUCAUCGCUACGUCACUUGACUACUUCUUCGAGCGAAUGAUGAUGCUCAAGUGGUUAUGGGAACGUGCGAAACUAGAGCCCGUGAUGGCGCCGCCGUGCCGCCUGUCGUGGCUGACGCUAGCGGCGUGGCCCGCUGCGGCCAUCGUCGGCCUGACCGCGCAGUGUGCUCUCACUGCUACCGGCAUCUAUCAUGAGCAGAGCAUAAGCGCGCAGAAGCGUCACUUGAAAGUGCAAGCGACGCGGCCGAUCACUCGCGAGCAGCGCGCUGAGAUGAAACAGCGCAAGUACCGGUACCUGUACCAAGUGAGGACUGCGCAUGGCGAUGUUAUAUCACAGUCAUACGUGCAAGCUCUUCAGAAGAAGGCCCAGUGCGGCAACUGGAGCGGCAGUGGCGGUGGGGAAUGUAGCACGCUGCAGAGCGACUCGACGCACCUCACCGUGUUGGCGGGCUCCGAGCACGCGCCCCCCACCGACUCCGAUGACGACCUCAACCAGAUCCGCGCCGCGCACUAGGCAGGUAACAAGGUUGUAAGGUGCAAGAAGGCAGGUAACAAGGUUGGCUGAUUGUGUUUAUUAUAAUUGUGUACCCAGUAUUAUUGUAAGCGAAAUCCACUCAUAUUAUAUUACAGUAGUGUCUACCAUUACUCGUAUAUUUGUAAUUAAUGUGAAUUUAUUGUUGUAUUAUCAUUAAAAUUGAAUUUAGUGUGUUAGAGACGGGGUUCAAGGCCUAAGUUUAUUUAUUGCCAAAUAUAAGUUAGGAUUAAGUAUUUUAUGUCAGUUUUUGAAAGAUUUUUAACGUUAUAAAACCGUGGAUUUUAUAUUGAAAGAACACAGAACAUUCCAAAGUUUGCAUAAGUUAGUACUAAGAUUUUAUUAGAGUUUAUUUUGAAGAGAUAUAAUGCGGGUUUUUUAUAGUCCGUAUAAAAAUCACUGCCAUCUUAAAACUGUCCUGAAAAUUGUGAAUGGUCUUGAACUCCUUGCGGUAUGGUUGUAUUAUGUUCGUCUAUUCUUAUAUUUUUUUUUGUAUCAAAGUACUGACUACUCAUAGCGACGGCUUCGUAAGUUUAGACUAAUUUUUUAUGACUAGAAUUAUUUAUUACGCAUUUUAUUGAUUAAUAUCUCAUAUUUGUAGACUUGAAUUUAAUUUUCUGUUUCACCAGACAUAUUUAUUUGUAGUUGACAUUAUUUAUAACUUGGACUUCAAAACUGUUAUCUCCAUAUAAUGAUAACAGUUUAUUGAACCUUAUUCUAUUUAAUAAUAUAUCAGUCAUCACAGUAUGAUAUAGUUGCUCAUCACAAUGCGUAACUUUGUGACAUGAAGCCGUCGUAAACACAUCACCCUGUGAUAACCAGUUGUACGUGUAGUGAGCCUAUGAAAUCACGUUUUUGGAAACUUUUCCAAAAAUUCGUAAUGUGGUAGUAAGUGGAAAAUGGGUAGCCAACCUAAGAUAUAUAAUUGACAAAAAUAAUUUGUGUCAUCCAGGGAAGGAGAUAGAUUUUAAACCAUCAUUGAAUUGUAAUGCUUCCAACUUUGUCCUAAAUAGUUUGUUUGUUCUAACUCCGAUAAAAAUUCUAAAGAAGCGCUUGUUGAGAAAGUUUUGGAUAAUAUUAUUCUUGGGGGAAAGUGCAUCUUUUAUUAAGAGAGAAUCAUAAAUGUGAGCGAUUUGAAAUGACUACGUUACGAAUGCUUUUUCCAAACGUUGGCAGCCAGGCUCACAAAUAUCUUUUUUUAUAUUUUCUUGCCAAAAAUAUGUGUCUCCACGGGAGUAUGGAUCUGUCCAACUCUUGAGUGUUUAAUACAUUUCUAUGUGAGUACUGUAGAGCACAAUGCGAUUUGGAUGUGAUGAACGGGUAAACUCUUCUGAAGAGUCUAGGUUAAGCUUAGAUUUACUGAUUAUUAACUAAAAGUGUAUAAGUAGAGAUCGAAUUUCUUAUAAAAUAUCUUUGUAUGUACUAUUAGUUGUUUUGCUCAUUCGUUGUUCGGCUCACGGCCAAUGCAAAGCAUACUUUUUGAUCAAACUAAAGAUUUAUUUUUGUGUUUAACGAACUUGAUCGUUUGAGCGUAUACGCAGAAUAUUCUAGAAUUGAUUACAGGAACAAGUUAUGCUCAAAGCGAUCGCGCAAUCAUUAGAUCUGCUCAAAUGAUCAGUUGUCGAUAUCGUACAUUCUACGCACAGUGUGAUAAUUUAAUUAAUUAUUUGGCCAAAGUUUAUUUUAGUUGUUACACGGCUUAAAGCGUAAGUUUAUUUUUUAUCUUGAAUGUUAUUUUUGUCGUAUAUACGCGUAUUAUUGUUAAAAACAGGUAUUUAAUAUUAAAUUGUCGAGAUAAACUUUGUAAUGAUUAAUGACUGUGUUGAAGAGAAAUGUAUAAGAUUUGUAAUUAAUGAGGACAGGCGUAAUGAUUUGUAAGUAAAUAUUGAUCGUGACCACGAGGCUCGGAAACUUUGUUAAUUUCCAAUCAAAAUUAACAACAUGACGAUAUGAACAACGAGAAUUUAUUGUGUCGUCGUUAUUGAGUCGUGAUUUCAAAAAAUACAAGCAAUUUGGCAGCUAUGGCGAAAUUGAUACAUUUGUAAAUACCUUCAAAAGGUUAGUUUAUUUUACUAAAUUAUGUAAAACAUUGUUUUCCGACCUCAAAGUCACAGCCAGUUCGAAAGGGACACAUGUAUAUAUUGUAGGCAUAAAGUAGGGUUUAUAUUAUUAGCUUAGGAAAUACGUGGCGCGUUUAAGAGAUGACUUUAUUCUUUGUCCCCUUCUCUAUAAACAUAGUCCACUUGAACGCUCAAUUUCUAGUCUUUAUUAUAUAUUUUUUUCCACAUCUAUUCCAUUGUUAUCAACCUACAUUAUUUUGAGAUUGUUUACACUAAAUAUCUUUGUUUAGUUUUUAAUAAUUGCAUAAUUUAUCGACUUCCUAAUUUGUAUUUUGUAAGACUCCUAAUUUAUUCCACUUAUAUCGAUGCAAAUUAUUAUUUCUGUUAUUGUUUUUUUUCUAAUAUAAUUUUGUAAUCGACAUUCUUUGAUUUA